GCUUUGCACCGCGGCAUUGGUGACAGUGCUGAGGGGCUCCUCGCUGCCCCCAUCAUGGCAUCUGCUCUCACCGUCCUCUUCCUCGGAUGCUGGCUGGCCGGGCACAGCGGGGUGUGGGGAGGGCGAGAAUACCCCAAACCCACCAUCUGGGUGAGCCCCAGCAGGGUGGUGGCGCUCGGGGGAAGCGUCACCAUCCGCUGUGAGGGUCGGUACCCGGGCAUGGAGUUCUUUCUGCGUAAAGCUGGACACCCGAACCUGCAGGUGCAGAUGGUGCCUGAUGGGACCGUGGCUGAAUUUCCCAUCGCCAGUGUCAGCCGGGAAGAUGGAGGGAACUACACCUGUGAAUAUCGCUCCAUAACGGAUCAGAGUCGCUGGUCGUAUCUCAGCGACCCCGUCGAGAUCAUUGUAGGAGGUGAGGGGCCCGGAUGA